CGCCGUGGAUUCCUUUGGAACCAUUUUUUCCAAUCUCAUCGUCUGUGCAAUUUUGGGAAAAAGUUUAAUGGAGGAAUAUAUGGAACGCGACUAACCCAUCUUCACCAGUUAUAUGCUAGCAUGCGAUUGAAUCGAAUCGGCAUGCACAGAUACUUUCAUGGACGACCCAUUCCACUGCCCACGGCGCCAGCACUUGAUUGGCCCAUCUCUCCAACAAUUCCUAUGUCCAUCACACCACAGAUUAGCCACUCUCCACUCUGCACUGCACUCUCCCCUCUCCCCUCUCCACCCUCCCUCUCCCACUUAUUAUUGCAAGUCUUACACAAAGUUCACAAAUCCCCCCCCACCGUUCCUUCCCGCAUACAAUAGUUUGCAGUACAAGACAUUGCGGCCCACUUUUCCGCACCCAGGGGACCCUUCGACCAACCACUUUGGCUACAACGGAACUACUGGCUGCACUGCACACUUUCCCGACCGAGCACAUUUUUCUGACUUUACUCGAUGCAUCCGUCUUGACUUCACCUCAUACAACCACAACCCCAGCCUCCCCCGGUGUCCCAUCUUUUUUUCUACUUUCUAACUUGUCGCUUGUGUCUACGGAAGCAUCUGUGUGCAAUUACUUUCACAAGAAGUCUCCUUCUCAGGAACGAAGCACAAGAAAUAGGUCCAGAGUCCAGACGCUCCAACCGGUACUAUUGCCAUUGCUAUUACCACGACGACGACGACGACGACCACCACCACCACCACCACCACGGCAACCACCACCGCCGCCACGCCCACGCCCACCACUGCGACUGUAUUAUUGCUACUGCGGCACGAAACAUCAACGCGCAAGAGCCCCCUCCUCCAAAAACAGUUACCAUUUUACCAUUCCAGUCCCGUUGCCCAUCUAACAACCAAUACCAUCCACGCUUACAUCAUCCACCACAUUUGCCUUUAAGGAGUACUCCUCGAUCCAUCACCGUUGCAUUUCCAUUUACAAUCAUAUUACAUACAAUUACAUCCACCCGCAUCAGGUAAAUUCAUUCCUCGAUUCAUUCAAUCAAUCCAAUCCAGUCCCAUCCAGAUCAAUUCCAUCCUGUCCAAGCCACCCACCCAUUCGCCCUCUCUCCCUCUUUACCGCUUUUCUCGGUGCUCGGCAACCAAGAAAAACAAGGCGCGCGGACGGCCUUUGCUCUUCCAGUUAAAUUUCAGCCCAUCUUUUUUUUCUUUCGUAGGCUGAGAUAAUAAACUCGGCUCAACCCAAAAAUUCCCACCAUUCUUAAUCAAGUCUUCGUUAACCAGGUUUCUGCGACAAAGCAGGACAACAGCCUCUCCACCACUUCCCCAUAAGCAGUAAGGUCGUCGGCAACCACCUCAAAACAGUCAUUCUCGUCAUACCUUACCUCAAUUAAGUUAUCUUAUAAUAAAUCUUAUCAAAAUGGCCGACAUCACGGAUCAACACGACCAAAAUUCCCCAACAGCUCUCGAUGAACAUGCUGUCGGCAAUGGAAACCCAAUUGCUGGAUCCGAUGCUCGUGGUAUUAAACGCGCAAGACCUGCCACCGCCGAUGACGACGAUGACGAUGAUGAUAAACCCGGUCGCGAAAGAAGAAAAAUCGAGAUCAAAUUCAUUACAGAUAAAUCGCGUCGCCACAUCACCUUCUCGAAAAGAAAGGCCGGUAUCAUGAAGAAGGCAUACGAAUUGUCAGUCUUGACUGGGACUCAAGUUUUGCUCUUAGUCGUGUCCGAGACUGGUCUUGUAUACACUUUCACAACACCAAAGUUACAACCUUUGGUCACAAAGGCGGAAGGAAAGAAUUUGAUUCAGGCUUGCUUGAAUGCGCCCGAGCCUUCUGGGAAUGGUGAGAACGGAGUUGAUGAGAACACUGUCGAAUCACCCGAGGAGCCAACUCCACAACAUUUACCUCCACAACAACAAGGUCGUCCUGGAAUGCCUCAACAGGCACCACAAAUGCAUCAAGGUUAUGGCGUUGGCGUACAAGGGCUAUCGCAGGAACAGCAACAAGCUAUUGCUUAUCAAAAUUAUAUGGCUCAUCAACAACGAGGAGGUUAUAUGCCUCCACAAGCUGGCAUGCCACAACCGCAGACACAUCAAUCAUAAUACAAUCGCGAAGUCCCAGUACACGAGACGGGUCAAAUAAGUCUUUGAAACUUUGAUACCCGGCACAUAAUGCAAGAGUGUUCUGCACCAAUCGUGUCUUGCGGGGUUCGAUUCUCUAAUGUUGUUUCCGAAGGUGUUAAGGUGUCUUUUUUUUUUUUUCUUUCUAUUAUAUGGGGGCUCUCUUUCAUUUGGUCUGCACAGACGUAUUUUCCACAUCACCAAAACAGACACAAUUUGCGAUAAUGAGAUUAAUAAACCUUGCCACCAUUUGGAAUUCUGAAUAUGGUAAAAGGGAAGGGGGCGUGCAAGGCGGUUGGUUGGUGCGGGGGCUUUGGCAGGCAAGGUGGGCGGCCAAUGUUUGGUUCUGCGAAUUCCUCCUUUUUCUUCUGUUUCUCUCGUCUGAACGGUUGGGUUUUUGCAUGGUGAUGCAUGCAUGGUGACGGUGAUGGUGGAUGAUGCAUUGAAAGAUAACAUAGUUCAUUCAUGAUGGGAUGAUAUCAAAAGGAUGGUUCGUGGGAAGUGGGUGCAGGUAAUCAGGCAAAUUUCUAGCUCGAGGUCAGGUCGUUGUAGCAGCUCUCUCUUGUACAGUAAAAUCAUUUGGGGAUGAGAACUAAAUGAAAUAAUUGGUCUGUUCAGAAAGUUUCUAAAGUGCGCAGUGAUUUUCCUGACGAUUUUGCAAGAGGGACUUUAUCGGAAUGAAAGAAUGUUAAGUAUGAAAUAGAUGAGAUGAAUUUGCUUCUGAUGA